UGGACCCCAGAGACGGGCUGAGUGAACCAUUAACCCAUCCCCUGGGAAGCCUCUUUGCAAUCACAGGCUUGUUUAGAAGCGCAAAGUCCAGAUGAGACCGGCUAUUUCUGCAGGCCCGGGGUGGCCGGCCGGUUCACAGUCUGCUACAGAAUGCCCAGCGUGGCCAUGUUCCUCAAGGAGGUCCCAGGCUGGUUCCUCCUGCUCGGAAUCUUCCUCCCUGUGGCUCUACUCCUGCUCCUGAUCAUCGCCCACCUACGGUGGAAGCUUGCGGAAGUGGAUGCUGAGCUGGCUGAGGUACACGAUCCCCGCGACACGGCGCUCAGGUUCUGCUACGGACCGGCGCCAACCACGGCAGGUCGCAGGGCCGGGGGUAGGACCGGAACCUGAGAAGGAUCCCUGCCCCCUAACCCCGCAGGGGGUCCUGCGGGACGUGGGAGGAGCUGACAGAGCAACGGGGAAGGUGGGGCUGGACGGCUGGCAACGCGCCCAGUGGAAGCAGACCUCGCCGGCUUAUGAACCAGUCAGAGGUUCCAGCAGAGCUUUGCGCUCCGAACGCCCAGCAGAAUGGAAAUACCCAUUCCUGCUCAUCUUUGGAUCCAGACUAGAGGCGAAAUGGAAACAGGCCUGGUCUCCAUGUCGCCUUGCAGACCAGAAGAUGCAGGCAGACUUAGCAAUAGGCUACUAGGGACCAUGAAAUCAGAUGGGACUGGAUUAAAAGAUUUCUCUAAGAAAGUAUAGAUUCUACCAUCGAGUUUCUUUAUA